AUGGUGCGUUCAGAUACAGCAGAUAGAAGGCGCUGGAAUUCUGAAAGUUCAGGUAUGUUUAGCGUAAAAUCUGUGCAUCUCUUCUUGCAAUCUAGGCUUGAACUGUUUAUUACCGAACCGGGUUUAUUGGAUGCUUUACAUAAAUUGUGGAAGAAUGAUAUCCCCUCUAAGGUUGGUGUGUUUGGAUGGCGCUUACUCUUAGACAAAUUACCUACCCGAGCGGCUUUAGCCUCAAAAGGUAUUUUGUCUAAUUAUCACGAUUUGCCUUGCGUCUUCUGUUUUCAAGCCGUAGAGGACAUCAAUCAUCUUUUCUUUAGUUGUUAUAAGGUUCUAGAUGUCUGGAGGCAAGUAUAUUCUUGGAUGGGUUUUGAUCCAAAUUACCAUGUAGAAGGAUGGAAACAUUUUUUGGCUUUUGGUUCUCUUGUUAAAUCUAAAAAAGGUAUGAAGGUGAAACAUUUAGUUUGGUUGGCAACAACUUGGUGCUUAUGGCGUAUGCGAAACAAUAUUUUGUUUAGAGGAGAUGUUGCUGAUUUUUUUGGUGUGUUUGAUCAUAUUAAGUUCAUUUCUUGGCUUUGGUUUAGUGGUAGAGCAGGGCGAAAUUCAGGAUAUGUGUAUCCAAAUUGGUGCAUCAAUCCUCUAUGUUGUUUAAAAAGCAUUUGA